GGCAAAGCCUAAAACCAGCACCAACUCUACUCCUACCUCAGUUCCUCCCUUCAUCACCUUCUCCAUCCAUCACCUCCCUGGGCCCUUCUGACACCCCAGGGACGACAGGGUGGAUGGUAAAGGGGGACAGGGUGACAGAGAACGCUCCGGAGGACAGCACUCUGACAGAGGGGUCUGUGCUGGCCCCCACACCCAGCCCAGUGUCAAUCUUUGACCACAGCACUGAAGAACAAGGGACGUCACCUCCGGAGGAUAACGCAGGUGGAGGCAGCAAACACAGAGUCCAAUACAAACCACUAAAACACUGGAAGAGUGAGCGAGGCUCAGGAGAUCAUCUGGACCUGACGGAGUUAAUCGGGGUCCCCCUCCCUCCCUUCGUCUCCUUCACUCCUGGUCAUGAGAGCUUUCCAGCCUACAACUUCGGGCCCGAUGCCAACAUCGGCCGGCUCACCAAGACUUUCGUGCCAGGCUCAUUCUACAGGGACUUUGCCAUCAUCGUCACGGUCCGUCCAGCCACUCAGAGAGGAGGCGUGCUGUUUGCCAUCACAGAUGCUCUUCAGAAGGUGGUGGAGUUGGGUUUGGCCCUCACUCCAGUGCGUGGGGGCCUCCAGAGCAUCUUACUGUACUACACUGACCGAGAGCAAGCUUCACACAGCCACAAAGCUGCUUCCUUUAGUGUCCCAGAUAUGACCGAGCAGUGGACACGAUUCACGCUGGUGGUGGAGCACGAUGAGGUGCGUCUCUACAUGGACUGUGGAGAAGCAGAGAGGACUACUUUCCAUCGGAGUGCGGAAAGACUUAACUUCUCGCACAAUUCAGGCAUUUUCGUAGCUAAUGCAGGAGGCACGGGGCUGGACAAGUUUGUGGGAUCCCUUCAGCAGCUGGUGAUAAAAGAUGAUCCCAGAGCAGCUGAGGAGCAGUGUGAAGACGAUGACCCUUAUGCCUCGGGGUACACCAGCGGAGAUGAUGCUCUGGAUGACAGAGAGACAGAGGAGGAAAUAAUGAAGAACACACAUGAGAGAAAGCAUGGCACAGCACAGGAGGAGGACAGUGUUCCAGUCAGAGCUCCACCCACUGAAGCUCCGGAGGUGGAGCUGGAUGAGUAUUCGGGUCACCAGACAUCAACAGAGGCCACUGAAGAGAUAAGAGGGCCACACAUGACAGAGGAGCCAGGGGAGAGAUCAGGAGAUGGCCAUGUCAGACAUGGGUUAAAAGGAGAGCGUGGAGGUCCUGGACCCAGAGGCCCACCUGGCCCACCUGGUCACCCAGGCCCCACCCCUCUCCCCGGGCAAGCUCAGCCUGGACCGAGAGGGACUCAAGGGACUCCUGGAGCCUCUGGUUCCCCAGGACUGGCAGGGAGGGAUGGACAGCAGGGAAACAAGGGUGAUAAAGGAGAUGCAGGUCAGAGAGGAUCUCAGGGAUUUCCAGGUUUAGCUGGAGAAGCUGGAACUAAAGGAGAGAAGGGAGACCAAGCAGUUGGUGUACCAGGCCCCCCCGGCCUCCCUGGGCCUCCUGGACCCCCCAGAUCACGCAGUGUACCGUACGGAGCAGAUGCCCUAGGUUCUGGCUUUGAAGAUCUGGACAGCGACACUGAACUCAUCAGGGGUCAUCCUGGUCUACCAGGGCCUCCAGGACCCCCUGGUCCCCCUGGACCCCUGUCUGACUCAGAUGAAGACCUCUCUACAGCUGGAGCACCUGGUACCCCUGGCAAAGACGGGCUCACAGGCAAACCUGGAAUACCAGGUCCAGCAGGAAAAGAUGGGGGUCCAGGUCUACCAGGGGUUGUGGGAGAGAAGGGCGAACAAGGGUUAUCUGGGCCACUUGGACCAAAGGGUGAAUGUGGGUCUCUGGGUACAGCAGGGUCCUCAGGGCCACCGGGGCCAAGUGGUCCACAAGGGAAAAGAGGCCCAUCUGGUCCCCCAGGACCCCCUGGCCCUCCCGGAACAAAAUUCUUUGUCGAGGAUAUGGAGGGAUCUGGGAAGAGUGACAUGCUCAUUGGAGCUGGAGUCAGAGGCCCACAGGGCCCCCCCGGUCUACCUGGUGCACAGGGACCUAAGGGUGAGGAUGGAGCCACAGGAGCUCCUGCGCUCUCUGUCAAGGGUGAGCCAGGGGACGCAGGACCAGAAGGUCUUCAGGGUCCCGCUGGACUACCAGGAGCUAGAGGGGCCAAAGGAGAAAAAGGCAAUCUAGGACCCAAGGGUGAUCAAGGUGUGGAUGGACUCUGUAUCCCAGGACCACCUGGACCUCCUGGGCCGAUCAUUAAUCUGUCCGAUCUACUGCUCAACGUUACAGAUGGGAUCUUCAACUUCACAGAGAUAAGAGGACCACCCGGGUCUGUGGGCCCUGAAGGCUUGCCUGGCAGAGCUGGAUUUCCUGGCCCCAGGGGACCAAAGGGAGACUUAGGUCCUCCAGGUGUCCAGGGGCCAGCAGGGUUCAAGGGAGAGAAGGGAGAGCCAGGGGUGACCAUUGCUGCUGAUGGAUCACUCUUAUCAUCGCCAAAAGGCCCCCAGGGGCCCAAAGGCAUCAAGGGUGACCGUGGGUUCCCUGGAUCUUCAGGACUUAUGGGCCCGAUAGGACCAUCUGGACAAAAAGGAGAAUAUGGCUUCCCCGGUCGCCCAGGCCGAUCUGGUUUGCCUGGAAGGAAAGGUGACAAAGCAGAUUCUGUCGGUCUACCGGGACCUCGAGGUCUUCCGGGCCCACCGGGAAAUCCAGGAAAAAUAAUUGGGCUGAAAGGAACAGUGUUUCCCGUGCGCCCCAGACCGCACUGCAAAAUGGGACGACAGUCAGGGACAUGGGAAGAAUCAGUUGGAGCUAAAGGAGACAAAGGAGAUGAGGGAAUACCUGGAGAGCCGGGCACACUUGCACCCGUGUUUCCAGAGGGAUUUGUGGGUGCUAGAGGUGAUCAGGGAUACCAAGGUCAGAAGGGAGAAAAGGGUGACGGCGGUCUGCCUGGUCCUCCAGGACUGCCUGGGAGGUCAGGACUUGUGGGUCCAAAAGGUGAGUCCAUCGUGGGUCCUCAAGGACCUGUUGGUUCUGUGGGCCAGCCUGGAGCCCCUGGGUUCGGACGACCUGGUUCCCGAGGGUCCCCUGGCCCUGCUGGACCCCCAGGAUAUGCACCUGCAUAUGGCUCAGAUGUCAAUGUCCCCGGCCCUCCUGGUCCUCCUGGCCCAACAGGAUCACCUGGAUAUGCCAACCCGGUGACUACGUAUAAGACGAGCCAUGCUCUAAGCAGAGAGACUCAACGGGCUGCAGAGGGAACAUUGGCCUACGUUUCUGAGAAAGGAGGAGAGCUGUACAUCAGAGCACGCAAUGGCUGGCGCAAGAUCCAGCUUGGAGAGUUGAUCCAUCCUGGACCUUCCUCCUCAGCGACAUCUCAGUCCCUCAGCAGAACAGGAGAGUUGAGUCGACCACAAAGGAUCCACAGCCAGGAGCUUCAAGAGAGCAGCAGAGGAUAUCAACCCAGUUAUAAUGUAUUACCACAGACCUUCAAUGCUGUACCUGGGCUCCAUAUGGUAGCACUGAACACCCCGCUGAAAGGGGACAUGCGUGGCAUCCGGGGGGCAGACUUCCAGUGCUACCAGCAGGCACGCUCCAUGGGCCUAACAGCCACCUACAGGGCCUUCCUGUCCUCACACCUCCAGGACCUGGCAACCAUCGUGAGGAAGGCGGACCGCACGGAUAUGCCUGUGGUUAACUUCAGGGGUGAAGUGUUGUUCAGUAGUUGGAUGUCCAUCUUCUCUGGGAAUGGAGGCACAUUUAACCCGUCGACACCCAUCUACUCUUUUGAUGGACGCAAUGUGAUGACUGAUUCAGCAUGGCCGGAGAAGCUGGUAUGGCACGGCUCCAACACAGUGGGCAUCCGUCUGACCACGAACUACUGCGAGGCGUGGAGGACGGCGGACAUUGCGGUGACGGGCCAAGCUGCGCUGCUGCAGACGGGACGACUCUUAGGACAGCACACACGCUCCUGCUCCAACCACUACAUAGUGCUGUGCAUAGAGAACACAUAUGUGGGGAACAAGCAUCAAAAGAGGACCUGAGGAGCCAGAGCAAAACACACACACACACACACACACACACACACACACACACACACACACACACACACACACACACACACUCUCACACAUGCAGGCGUGCUGAAAGUGCAGAGUAGAAAAUGUGACACAGUGCACAUGCAUUUGAAUUUGAAUGGGAAACAGAUGCAGGCCCACAGACAUGAUGACAUAUCGCUGCAUGGAAAUUACGCUCAACUACACAGACAAAAAAAGGCACUUUUUUUUCACACGUGCAGAUAAAAUACACACACGAUGACAUGCGGCAGAGAAAAAUGAACACAUGCACACACGUUUGAGUUCCUUUCACUUUGUUUAGUUUCAUCUUUCGUGCCAAUGCGUAACCCAACACUUGAUAAUGUUGCCACGCAUCCGUCCCUAAUUAUUUGUAAUCAUUAUGAACAUGUAACAGCACAGCCGCAUCACACAGGACAUUGCGAUUUACAGUGUUGUUGAAGUGAGGGAUGACUCUGGAUAUCAGGUACUGACACAAGCUGAUCUGAGUAGAACUGAAGAAUUUAACCUUUCCAGUGCAAGUUUGACCCCCUUCGAGGAAUACUUCACCCACAAAAUGAACAUUUGUAUAUCAAUUACUCAUCCUGUGUUACUUUGAAAUCUUGAACAAAACUUUUCCUUUUCCUUUUAGCAGAAAUGCAUGUAUUCGGGAAGCAUUGAGCAUACUGUGUUGUGUGUGAGUUUGUAAACGGCCCCUAUUUACUUCAAUUCAUCAAGACUUUUAUCCAUUUCUUUUAUUCUUUAUUCACAGUUUUCUUCAAGAAUCCAAAGUAACUCGAGGUUGAUUUGAUAUACAAAUGGUCAUUUUAUGGGUGAAGUAUUCUUUUAACAACAUAUCUGUUAUACUUUACAUUUUUGUUGAUCAUUGUCCAAUGUAUGUCAUAGUUUUAUAUUUUAUUUGGUAGUAUGCAGCCAUUGGUUUCCAUCCAUUUGCUUACAGUAUCAAGUCAACAUUUUACAUAUAUUUUUUCAGUGUUAUGUUACUGUUGCAUGGUGAUGCCGUUUUUUCAAAGUGUGCAUUGCAUUACCUCACAACUACAACAUAGUCUGACAAAAAUAAUGUAGACUUGGUGUUCACUGUGAUGGAUUAAACACAAAUCUGCCAAAUUAUUUUCAUAUAAAGGAAUGAAAACCACUGGCUGUUUAGAACAGUAAAACAUACAAUAAAAAGUCUUAAACACAACGGUAAAAUGGUUAGCUGUGAUGUAAAAUAUACAGCGUGAUUUAUGAUUGUUAGUAAAUGGCACCAUGGAACAGAAUUUUGGGUAAAAAUGGUCCAUUUCCUUUCUGAACAUGACAGUUGUAGAAGUGUAGUUCAGAAGUGUUGUGUAUCAAUGUUAUGAAAAGAAAGGCUGUAGAACAGACUUACAGUUUGCUAUGCAAGGAAUGAAAUAAUCAGGUGUGAGUCAUUUAGGGUGAUGAUUUCUAGUUCAACAUUCUUUAUUUCUGAUAUUGUCAACAAACCCCAUGAAAAGACAAAAAACAGCUGGUCACUGUAGUUUUUUAGAAAACGUUACUCAAACAGGAGGAAAUAGUGCAUUUGUUUGGGACUAUUUUCAGUGGUGGAUUAAUACACUGUAUUCACGGCAGCAGGACAGUAAGUGGGAUUGAAUCAAAAUAAACUACAGUGUGUGUAUUUAUGGUAGUGAAGCAACAUGUCACCGAGUGCAACAGAAUGGCUCAUUGUUGGGUUUUUAAUUGUUUUUGGACAACAAUGGAGCUCUAUGGCACAGAGAAACAAGAUAUAUGACAGGCGUUAUAUACACACACUAUUUGUUAAUAAGAUUAAUUAAUUCUUGAUUUUUGUCUUUAAGUUGGAUUUGUUAACACAGAGAAAUCUAGACUAUCACCAGUCUUACAUUUUAAGUAUGAUGAGCACAAUGUGAAACAUUUGGAAAACAUACUGUACACAUGUAAUGAGAUAUUUUGUGAGUGACCCGCUAAUGUCAGACAUCAGUGUCCAACAGUGUUCCUGUCAUAUUUUAGAUGUAAAUUCACCAUAUGUAAAGGACUUCCUCUUAGCAAAGUCAACCAAUCACAGCAUCGCUUAUGUUUCUUUCUUCUUCUUUUUUUUUCAGGCCAAAAAACACUGGCUGGAUUUUACCAAAAACAUUUUACCACUAAAAUCGUCUCUCUAAUUGUUAAAGCUACGGAUAUUAAAAAUAUAUAUGUUAAAGAGAUUAGUACGGAAGCCCUGAGAGGCAAGUGAGAAAAUAAGAACAUCCUGGUGAUCCAUUUUCUAGGUCAAGUCUGAUUUAAAUAGUUUUCUCUUUAGGUUGGGAAAAAAGGAUAAUCUUAAUCUUAAAAAAAGUUCCUUAAUUUUGUUUUCAUCUGUGACUCAAGUGGGGGAAAAAAAGUGAAAACAAGCAAAAAAAAAGUUUUACUGAAUGUUUGCUGUUCAUUUUGGCCACAAGAGGCUGAAUUGCACAAUGUUCUAAAUUGGAUUAAAAUACAUUUCUAGCCAAAAACAAAGCCUUGACGGUAAUAUUACAGCUUGUUAACACUAAAUAUAUGUACCUUGUGGUUAGAGUGCAUGGAGAAAAUGAAAACUCACCUGGAAGAAAACAUGAACGCUUUUAGUCCUAUUUAUUUCAAACAUGAAGUAGUGGUGCACUUCAGCCUCUUGUGGCCAAAGUGAGUACUACAACAACAAAUAAAACUUCACAUGCCAAAACUACCCACUGUUUUUUAAGACAUUUUUUGAAGAAGAAGAACUUAGAAAGAUCAUGCUAGCAAAACCUUUUCACCUGUUCUUAAGUCCUAAACACAGUAGAGAAAACUAUUUAGAUCAGACUUAGAAAAUGGAUCACCAGAAAUGUAUUUUCUCUUUUGCCUCUCAGGGUUUCCGUGGAAUUAGUCGUGCAAGAAAAAGAAAUGACUUAAUCCAUAAGACUUAAGACUUUAUCACGAAGCUUAGCUUGCUUACAAAUGUAGGAGACAGUACAUAAUAUCAAAGGCUUAAUUCGUGAUCGCAGUAUGGCGCCCCCUGUUGAAAACAAGUUGACUUACCAGCUUUGUUCACAUUGUGUUGCCAUUGUUUUUCAUUUUAAUGCAUUACUAUUUGGCAUCCCAUAAUCCAAUAUUAAAGAUUGAUUGUCUUUACAAAUUCAAGUCCAAAGCAGCUAUUUGUUUCCUGUUUCCUACUGAACUUUAGACCUGCUGCUUGCAAUAUAUGAUUUGAACUAGUGUUAACAUUAUUAGUGCUUUAGUGUUAGUAUUAGAGUCGAAAUCACAUUUUGUAUUAAUUUAUACAGUAGCAGGACACAGUGUGAAAAUCUAGGGAGUUGGAACAUGUGUAUAUACAGUAUAUAUAUGUGUGUGUUGUUAUUGUCCAAAUGUUUUUGUUUUUUACUCUGUAGAGGUAGGUUUUGUAUGACGCACACUAAACGGCUGAAGAUGUUCUCUCACUAAGCGUUAAGUGAGAAGUAGUUCCAGUGUUCUGCCUGUAAAAACAAAAGUAUUUGAAAUGUUUAGAUUUCGAAUAAGUGGUAGUUUUCCUGAUGUCUGAUUAUGAUUUACUGUUCAAACUAAACUUGAGCUUCUGAGGAAAGAAAACAUUUGUACUGACUGUACUGGUGCUCACUGAAUAAAUGUCUUAUUUUGUGUUUU